AUGCAACAACAAAGCACAGGAACUAAUGGCCACGGAUACACGGACAAUAGUCACAACGAUAGUGAUUACUUUUGGUCCCAUCAUCAUAAUCCCCGUUCAGAUGACGACAAUGAUAAUGAUAACGAUAAUGAUAAUGAUAAUGAUAAUGACAAUGACAACAAUGACUACGGAGCUACUGCGGAAAUUCCUGAUGACUCAAGAAAUCUCACAGCCAAUACAUCACCUGCAGCUUCAACCACUACGGGAAUGAGCGGAUGCAUGACUUUGACAGCGCUGGCGCUGUUGAUGACAGUGAUUGCACUGUGGACAGUCCGUGAUGUAAUUCAGGGGAACCGUCGGGUGCCCGAGGGUGGUGGCGAGGCCGAGGAGGUAUUGGCUAUUGAAGCUGUGGAACAGGGACUUGUAUGUGUGAUAGUGUGGGCGUUGGCAUAUGCAGUUGGGUUUCUUGGGGUACCCCAGGUAGCUGUUGAUGAGGAUGUAUCUGGGGAGAAUAGGACGAAUAUAGUUGAUGAAGAGCUUGGAUUAGGACAGCAAAGAAAUGAAAGUAAUCCGACUAGUAGGCGAAGCAGUAGUCGAAGCAAUGGUAAAGGGUGGUGGCAAAAAUCAAAGAGACAUCGGCUUUUGAUGAUUCGGAAGCGAAGACUACUUCACAGUCUAGGAGGGUCUAAAUGGACAGAUGAGCAUGCGUGGCUUGUGCUUGGGGUUGCAUAUACGAGUGUGACUGUGGCAUUGGCAUGUUUAACACUUGCUGUUGCUGUGUGGGCAUAUGUGACAAAUUUAGUGGAUGUUGUUGGGCCUGGUGAGGGAGGAGAAGGACCCGGUCAUUCUCCGCCUGAAGAUCAAGUCCCGGAGCCUCCGCACAUUUCAGCUGGGGCUGGAGUAGUGCUUGCUGCGGCGUUUGCAUGUGUUAGUGCAGUGUUGUUUGGGGUAUCAUUGAGGCGGCUGUGGGGGGUUACAGCAGAGCGAGAAGAGGAGGCGGAGGCAGAGGCUGAAGCAGAAGCAGAAGCAGAGGAAGAAGAAGAAGAAGAAGAAGAAGAAGAGGAGAGGAGGAGGAGGAGGACCAAUAAUGGAAGAUUUGAAGAUGGUGAUGGGAUAAGUCCAGGAAUUUCAGGUUUUGAAGGUGGGACAAGACCAGAGGUUGUACUGAGGCCGGCAUUGACACCUUCGGACAUUUUAGGGGAAGGUACAAUAAGUAAGGGAGGCGUUGGUGGAGGGUACCGGACGUUUGGGACGACCGAUAGGAGUGUAUGA